CUUGCUUUGUUGUCUUUGCUUUACUUUGCUCUCAGUGUCCUCACUUUAACUGAUAGCUCACUUUCCAGCAUCACCACUGCAUCUGCACCAGUAGCCUCAAAGUGCACUCUUCUAAACAGCUUCCAGCCAGACUUUGUGGUCCAGGGUGACUAUGUCAUCGGUGGGAUUUUCCCCAUUCAUUUUAAUCUGAAAAUGCCAGACCUUAACGGCACCUACAGACCACCACCAAUAAAUUGCAAUGGCCACAGACUUAAUCCUAAGGCUUUCCGGUGGGCUCAGACUAUGAGACUGGCAGUGGAGGAGAUAAACCAGAAUCCAGUGCUGUUGCAGAAUCGCACUCUGGGCUACAAAAUCUUUGAUUCAUGUGGAUAUCCACUGACAGGACAGAGAGCUGUUUUAUCGAUGCUGAAUGGAGUGAGUGAGGAAAACUCUUCUAUGUGCACAAAUGCCUCAUCACUCCUCGCUGUGAUUGGGGCUGCUGGAUCUUCUCAGUCUAUUGCUGUGUCAAGAAUCCUGCAAACAUUCAGGAUCCCCAUGGUGAAAGCCAUCGCACAGCUGCUGGUGCACUUUAACUGGACUUGGGUGGGGCUACUGCGAGGAGACAAUGAUUAUGGCCGCUUUGCUGCAAAAGGUUUACUGAGAGAAUUACAGGACACCAAAGUAUGUGUAGCGUACCAAGAAAUUAUUCCUCUGCUCUACACUCGCCAGGCGGGACUAAGGAUCAUGAAGAUGCCGCCGUGCUCAGGGCAGGAGUCUCUGCUGGAACAGCACUCAGCCUACAUGAAUACAUCCAGCCCCAGAAUCUCAUAUAAUGUGUAUAAGGCUUUCUGUUACAUUUCUACUGCUGUACAAAUUUAG